AUCCAGUGAACCCAGUCCCACCGUAUGAUAAGAUGACAAAAGUCAGCAGUUGGUUGGACGCUCUCGGAUUCAAACUUCAAAACGUCGCUCCUGAUCCAAAGAUUGAUGAUAGACAGAAGGACAAAUCAUCUGUUGAAUGUCAGUUAUCUCAUCAUCUACAAACCUACAUCAACCUACAAACAGUCUCACCGUCAAGUCUGAUCCCUGAGGCAAGGAAAAAGACCAAACAAAUAGCAAAUAGAGCUUUAUUUUCCCAAGGUCUCGUUCUUUCGAUAGAUCGGGGUAUGGUGACAACGCAUGUUGCUGACAUGGCAACCAAUGAUGUUAAACGACUCAGCAGUAUUUUAAAUGGUGGUGAUGUCAUAAUCGGAAAAUAUGCUGAUUCACCAUCAGCGCCAAUGAGUUUUACGAAAGAAGGAAAACCCGUACUUUACAUCUCGAAGUCGUUAGAUAGUCUCAAAGCAGACAAAGUCACCUUGACAUUGACAGAUUCUAAAAGAAUAUUAGAUGGAGGCUACUCUGGUGCCAUGGCAACAUCACAAACAACACAAAUAACAGUGACAGUCAGUGAUGACAUACUGACAAUUGAGUCUCCAUAUUGUGUUGUCAUAAUCAGUUAUGUUACAAUGGACAAUAGAAAUGGAAAAACUAGAUUGUCAGAAAAAAAAACGAAUUGCUGAAUCCGCUCGUUCAGCAGCGGAGCAGGAAGCGUGAGCGGUCGAGCGUCAGAAAGUUACCGCAGGUGAAAGGUCACGUUGGAAUGCUCGGGAAAAGCAGCUUCGACGAAGCGGUAAAGUAAGUGGUUAUAAGGUUGAAUUUUUCUGGGACGUUGAUAAAUAUCCAGAGUUUGCAAGUCCCGGAAGAAAUGUUAAUUUCGUAAGGACGUUAACACUAGAUGGCCAGUCACAAGAUGGCAUCAUCUCUCAGGAUUAAGACUAUCCGCGUUCACGUAAUAUCCCAGAAAAAACGCAGUUAGAUGUUUUUCUUCACUGUACGCUUGGAUAAACAACGAACAUACAAGUUCACUGUGUUAUGACAUCACCAUGAUGAUGUCAUAAUAUCAAAUCAACGUACCAUCACUCAUCUCAUGAUUUCUCUGACUUUAUAUAGACACUGUGACUCACGCAAUUGCUAAUUUCAAAUUUGCAUAAAAUGAUAGAAAAUGCUAUUUUUAGCAAAAUAGUAAUUUGCAUUAAUUUUUAUUUGAUUUUCUCUGCAGUUUUUAUCCCGCCCUAGUUGAAAAAAGUUUUUUUUUCGUUAAAAAUUGCCAUAUUUUUAUUUCGUAGAGUGAUUUCAGUUCCAUUUUGUGCCAUUUCUUUGUUUAUUUUUGAAAUUCAGUGUAAAUGCGGAUUUGCCAUAUAGCUAAAACUCGUUUUGGGGGAAAAAUACAAAAAAAUGUGUAAUUUUCAGUGUUUAUAUUUGAAAAUUUAUCGACCAACCAAUUCCUUUUAUUUUCUCGUUUUAUUUUUAUUUUUUAUUACUUUGAAGCAACAAUAUCAAUUUAAAAUAUUUAAAAAAAAUCAAUUGGGGCACCAAUUUAAAAUGUGUAGAAUUUUUUAACCAUAAUUUUCAUAACUUUGUUGACUGCACCGUGAAUAGACAGCAGCCAUAUUGAAUCAUUGUUACCUCCUGACCAUCUAAUAACCCUGUUUUAUCACUAUUAUUGCUGUCGUUAUGAGACAGAUCUUUGACUCCCUAUUUCCAUAUGGCCCAGACUAUAACUAUUUUAUAGACUAGGGUUCGUCCAGUAAUCCAUCUUCCAUCCAUCCAACAAUCGAAAAUUGCUUUUUAUUGUAGUUGAUUAUAGAUUUAGAGAGUAUAAUCCAAAAUAUUAUUUAUUUAUUCAUUUAAAAAAAAAUUGGAAGAAAUACCAUGUCUUAGCCUUACUAUCCUAUAAUAAAUUUGCAUUUCACUUAGGUUCUUCAAGACUCCGCUAGGAAUAUCUGACACCCCGUUUUUCGCUUAGUUAAAUAGAUGGGUUCAUUAUACCCCGAUACCCAUAUCUUCGAUCAAAUGGGCGUCUGGUAACCAGAUGAGAAGCCGUAGUUCAUUGAGUCGUCUUAUCGGCUGUUUUAUUUCGCAAGGAAAAAUGUGAAAAUCCUGUUUAGCCUAUGUGCCAGUAUCACUUAUAUUUCAUCCAUAUUAUUAGGUGAAC